AUGGGACAGAUGGAGGUUGUGAAGUCAAGUGCUGACUUCAAGAGCUAUCGCUUCACACAAUUGGCGAAUGGACUACGGGCAAUGCUUAUAUCGAGCUUGAAGCCCGGAGAAACGGUAGAUUCAGAUUCUGACUCGGAGAGUGAAGUUUUGGAGCAAUGCGAGGAAGAGGAGGCUGCUUGUCACGACGGCAAUGGGUCUAAGAGCGCCAUGCGGAAGUCUGCUGCUGCAUUGUGCGUCAACGUGGGGUAUUUCACCGAUCCGCUGGAAGCUCAGGGACUAGCUCAUUUUUUGGAGCACAUGGUUUUUAUGGGAAGUGAAAAGUAUCCCCGAGAAAAUGAUUUUGACGACUAUGUUGAACAUCGUGGCGGUAGUUCGAACGCCUGCACAGACGGGGACUAUACAAUGUUCUUCUUUGAUAUUCAGCGUUCUCAUUUUGAAGAAGCUCUUGACAAAUUUGCAAACUUCUUUAUCGCGCCUUUACUUAGUCAGGAUUGUGUCGAUCGCGAGCUUGAAGCCGUGCAUAGUGAAUUUGAACUGUGCAAGGCCGAUGAUACUUGUCGAUUAGACCACCUUUUAUCAUCGUUUGCCAAAGAGGGGUCCCCUUACCGUACUUUUGGUGUUGGCAACAGAACAUCUCUAAGAGAUAAGCCCUCGGCAGCAGGCACAAAUGUUUACGAAUUGCUACGAAAAUUCCAGCUUAAAUACUAUAACGCCCCUCUCAUGACACUGGCCGUGGAGUCUAAAGAUACGUUGGAUCAUCUUGAGUCUAUGGUAAACGAAAUCUUCGGUCCCAUUUCUAACCGAAAUUGUGAGGCACCGGAUCUGUCGGCAUAUGUGAACCCAUUUCCGUCGACAGUGUAUAAGAAGAUGUACAAAGUUUGUCCGGUGAAGGAGACGGUGUCGAUUUCGUUUGUUUGGAGUCUUCCUCCGAUGCAUUCGCAUUACAGGUCGGCGGCGCUGAAAUUUGUUGCGUCGAUUGUUGGUCACGAGGGGAAGGGAAGUCUGGUGGCGUACCUGCGCAAAUUGUAA